CGGGGGCGGGGGCGGGGCAGGCGCCGCUAGAACAGGAUCUCCCGCUGUUUUGCUGGCGGAUAACACACUGGCGUCCGCGAAGGCGAGCGCCAGCUUUUCCCGUUGGUUUGGGAGUUGCUGCAGCACGGAAGAUAAAGGGGAAGUUUCUUCCCUCGAGGAAGAAACAUAAACCACUGUAGAGGGUCUGGGAAAGGACGUUCUCAGGUCCUCUACAGAGGCUGAGCGUCUGUUGAAACUCCAGCUGCCCGACUCACUGCUUUUUGCAGAUACGAGAUUCUGUUCAGGCAGCAGGUGGGCGCUGAGGACCUGUUCCUAGGCAUGAGCAGAAAGGACCCCUCGACUGCCUGCUGUGAGGACAUGCUGAUUAAGAUUAAACUGCCGGACACAAAAGCUUCAGACAUUACCCUUGAUAUCCAAGAAAAGCUCCUUGAUUUCCGGAGUCCCCAGAAGAGGCUCCUCUUGCAUCUACCUCAUCCAGUGGACACCACUGGUGGGAAAGCCUGUUUUCUGUCUGAACAGGCCACGCUGGAAGUCACUUUGAGGAUGAAGCGAGAAUUUGAUUUCAUCAACUUUGCAUGAAGAGAAAGGAAUGGCCCCUCAGAGGCCUAAUGGAGAGUUUCUAAUUAGGUAAUUGAGUUGGAGACCCUGGAGGUCUGGCUGUCCUAGUUCCCUCUUCCUGAAUUCUGAUAUUGAAAUUUUUCUGGCAAACCUCCAGCUUCUCCACUUUCCUUAAUUGUUGCUUGGUAUGGGGUUCCACACCUCCAACAUCAGGGGAUCAGCCUUAGGGGGCAAGAGAUGUAAAGCGGGGUUAUAAUGGCUGAACUGCUGACUGCUCUGGCAUCUGAGGAUUUGCUGCGCCCUUCAUAGAUAAUAAAAGUCUUGCCCUUUCC